GGUGAGUCGAGCCCCUGUCCCCAUGGCGGUGGUCCGCAGGGAACUGUCCUGUGAGUCCUACCCCAUUGAGCUACGCUGCCCGGGCACAGACGUCAUCAUGAUUGACAGCGCCAACUACGGACGCACCGACGACAAGAUCUGUGACUCGGACCCAGCACAGAUGGAGAAUACUAGAUGUUACCUGCCCGACGCAUACAAGAUCAUGUCCCUCAGGUGUAACAACCGUACCCAGUGUGUUGUGGUAGCUGGACCUGAUGUCUUCCCUGACCCCUGUCCUGGAACAUACAAAUACCUGGAGGUGCAGUAUGAGUGUGUCCCGUACA